AUGUGUAGAAUAUUUACUCAAAUUACUCGCCUCAGUGCAAUCGCUAGGAGUCAUUUUUCUGCACAGUACUCUAGUCGGUACGCGCCACUAGUGUUAGGCAUCGAAACGAGUUGUGAUGACACUGGAGCCGCUGUGGUUAGCAGCAAUGGAACAGUACUAGGAGAAUACACUCAUUCACAGCAGACCAGUCACUUAAGAUUUGGCGGAAUCAUUCCGCCCGUAGCCCAAGAUAUUCACCGUGCAAAUAUUGAAAACGUUGUACAAAAAACGUUCGACUUAGCAAACAUAUCCCCACAAGAUAUUGAUGCAGUCGCUGUUACUAAUCGCCCAGGAUUACCUCUUAGCUUGAUAGUGGGCAUGAGGUUUGCCAAAUAUAUUGCCCGCACUUACGAUAAACCUUUGAUUCCAAUACAUCACAUGCAAGCACAUGCAUUGAUGGCGCGCAUGACCUCUCCCAUACCGUACCCCUUUCUCUGUCUUCUCGUGAGCGGUGGCCAUUCGUUGUUGGUGUUUGUGGAAAGUACCUCCAGCUUUCGAUUACUAGGCGAAACAUUAGACGAUGCUCCCGGAGAAGCUCUGGACAAAAUUGCUCGCCGUUUGAAGCUACGAAACAUAGCGAAAUAUGCACAAAUGUCUGGUGGCCAAGCUAUCGAAGUAGCAGCACAAACUGCAUCAAAUAACACAUCAGCCUACGAAUUUCCCUUACCUCUGUCAAAGUAUCGCGAUUGCCAAUUUAGCUUUGCUGGGUUGAAAAAUACAGCUACGAGACAUAUCCUGGAACGAGAAUCGACACUCAAUCUGGCGCCUGACGCUUUGCUACCCGACUAUGAAGAUUUUUGUGCCUGUUUCCUAAAAGGAGUCACACGACACAUGCUUCACCGGACUCAGCGUGCCAUAGAAUACUGUGAACGGCGCAAUCUUUUCGGGAGCGCCGACAAACAACGAAGCUUAGUCAUCUCGGGUGGCGUUGCUUGCAAUGAUAUUAUCUUCAAUGCUUUGAGGCGAAUGGCAGAACAAUUCGGAUACAGUGCCUAUAGACCUCCUAAGAAACUUUGCACUGAUAAUGGUACAAUGAUAGCGUGGAAUGGUGUCGAAAAACUACUUGCCGCCGAUACUACUGAAAUGACCAAGAACUACGAAACGAUCGACAUUAGCGGUAAAUGUUCCAUAGGCGAAAGUUUGAUAGACGAUGUGAAGGAAGCGAAUUUGGCGUGCAAGUGGGUUAAAGUUGAUAUAUUCCCAGGCAAAGAACAACCAUCGUGCAGUUUAAAACUGUAA